AUAGUCUGCUUCUACACGAAGACGUAGACGCACAAGAUGCACAUAAGAGCAAAGGAGAAAUCGAUCUUUCUCUCUCCCUUACUAAUAAUAUUAAUUUUUUUUUCAAUUCAUAAAAUUUUUCCCUAGGCAUGUUGUCACUAUUUUUUCAAGGAAAUUAUCCAUUUUUGCCUUGUCACACACACAAUUACAUAAAAAAAAAAAUACUCUCAUUAUGUUCUUUCACUUCAGAAAAAGGAGUAAAAAUUUAGAGUACUCCUUAAUAGAGUGAAAGAAAACGACAUAAGACUUAUUUUCUCACUAUUUAAUUCUAUAGAAGUUUUUGCAAUUGUGUUAAAGCAUGAUUUUAAAGGGUUUUUGAAUUUGAAUUAGACUUUGGUUUUAAUUCUAUCACACACCAAAAUGGGUCGAAUGACAGCGAUGGAUUUAUUUUUGACAGUUUUUUUCCACGCUAUCCUACACUAUAAAAGUGAUAUACACCCAUUCCUGAAUUUCUUAUUCUUUGGCAACGAUAAACACGUAAAAGUCCAAUAAAUAGUGUGUUUUCUAAUUUGACUUAAUAUUUUAAGGCGGCUUUUUAAACAUAUUUUAAUUUUUAAACUUCUGAUGCAUUAUAAGAGUUAUUUGUUGUGAAAAUAAAAUAAGAUCAAAACAUUUUAAACAAAGUCAUUUCAUUUGUAUAGAAAAAAAAAUUUAAGUAAAUUGUGUAUAUUCAAUUUUGUUGCGAUUCGUAAUCACAACCAUUCAUCCACACUAAAGUAUAAAUCAUCUGAAAUGUCGUUACCCGAAGAAGAUAAUAUUGAAGACAUUGAAUUCGAGGAAGAUGAAGCAGCUGCACUCGAAAAUCAACCUACGCCAGAAGAACCAGCCGAAGAUCCCUUUUACGGUUUUGAAGAAGUAGAGCCCAUUUAUGAGGGCAAAGAUAUGAAUGGUGUUUUCACUAUUUGGGAAGCCAGAAACACGGAAACUGGCUUCGAUCCAGUUCCAGCAUUAAAAAGACUUGCAGAAAUUUUUGAGACAGAAACCGAAAUUUAUAUGCGCAAAGAUCUUGAUCCCUUCGAUGAACGUCAUCCAUAUCGAACGGAUCCCAAAUGUCAAUUUGGAUUUCUACUUAAGCAGUUGUUUCGAAAGGAUCAUUUUAUGAACAAGGUAAAAGUUUUUGUACGAUAAAUUAUAUUGCUAAAUAUCUCAUGUUAAGAAUUAAUCGGCCCUAUCGAGAUUUUAGGUAUCGAGGUAGGUCGGACAGAAAAUUUGUACAAUUUCAUAAGAAUCGGAGAGUUUUUACAAGUCGGAAAGACUCCUCAAAGCAUAAUUCGUAUGAAAUACCCAUACCCACCCCUUCAGGCCGAUUUUGUGGGCUCAAUGAUCACUAUUAUAAUUUUGAUAUUUCCAUUUGUCUUAACAUACAUAUACCCAUUUUUUUCCAAGAUUUGGUUUACCCCGAUUUUCGGCUUAUAUUUUAACAUUACAAACUAGGGAUUUGCGGAUGCAGAUGCAGAUGCGGAUGCAGAUUUUUUUUGAAAGUUAACAUCUGCAGAUACGGAUGCGGAUGUUUAAAAUCUUAAAUAAAAAAUUAAUAUAAAUAAAUUAAAAUAAUGAUACAGUUCCAAACAACAUUUUCAUUAUUUGUAUUUAAUGAGAUAAAUUAAAAAGAGGUGCAAACUUAAUAAAAAGUAAUACCGCCACCUUCUCUGCAUCAAGGCGGUAACACAGAGAUUUGUUAAGCCCGCGCUCCUUAAUAACUCAAUAACACUGCCUUGUGGAGUGGGUAGAAAUUGUCGUUAAAGUCUUCAAUGGCAGUAGCUCUUUUUUUACCGGAAAGAUAGAUCUCUUUUAUAAGCCUGUUUUCAACCGAAAUUUGAUGUGAAAAUAAAAUAAGAUCAAAACAUUUUAAACAAAGUCAUUUCAUUUGUAUAGAAAAAAAAAUUUAAGUAAAUUGUGUAUAUUCAAUUUUGUUGCGAUUCGUAAUCACAACCAUUCAUCCACACUAAAGUAUAAAUCAUCUGAAAUGUCGUUACCCGAAGAAGAUAAUAUUGAAGACAUUGAAUUCGAGGAAGAUGAAGCAGCUGCACUCGAAAUUGCAAAUCAUUUUGAAAUACAAACUGACUUGUUAAGCCAUGUUUAAAAUAUUGUCUAAUUAAAGACUUGCAGAAAUUUUUGAGACAGAAACCGAAAUUUAUAUGCGCAAAGAUCUUGAUCCCUUCGAUGAACGUCAUCCAUAUCGAACGGAUCCCAAAUGUCAAUUUGGAUUUCUACUUAAGCAGUUGUUUCGAAAGGAUCAUUUUAUGAACAAGCUGGUUAACGAUUAUCUUCGAGAUAACUAUUUCACACGCCAAAACAUCAAAAAAAAAUCAUUAGAGCUAAAUAUUAUUUCAUGUCGUCUAAUUCUGGUUAUAAUGCCGGGUCUAGAAACCUCUGCUGUCUUCCAAGUUGAAUAUGAUAAUCUUAUAAAUCGAAUUUACAGCUGGGCCGAAGAAAGCGUAGAGCCACUACAGAGUUAUGCUACUGGUCUCCUCGCCGCUGCAAUGGAAGUAACAGAUAUUGCGGUCACUUUUCGGGAACUUAAUACCCGUCUUGUGCCGAAAAUGAUAAAAAGACUUCAUGCUUUUCAAUCUAGUAACCAAAUAUCUGAAAAUGUCCAAAUGUCAAGUUUACAUAAUUCCAUUCCUGAACAAGAAGAAAACCUCGUGAGAAUUUUACCGACUUGGAUGGCAGAUUCUGCACCUGCUAGUCCUGCACCAAUUGAUGAAGACAGCGCUGCUUUCAAAAAUCAGAAUGGAACUCCUGAUAGCUUUCCAAGUACCUCAAACAUGUCAAUGUUACACGAAACAUCUCGAGAUGCGGCAGGAUCGCAAAAAUUUCUUAAACGCAUGUACAUUCCUAUUCACCCGCAUACAGCAGAUACAAGUCAAAUGCUGAUUUUAAGAUAUCUUACAUCAAUGGGCGAAUAUCAAGAAUUCCUUGGACAAGUAUUUGAAAACAAGACAAUGCAACUGAUAUGUGGAUACAUAAAAAACUUAGACAAAAGAGAUACUUGCCUUGCAUUCGAGGCCUUAAAAUAUUUAGCAUCCUUGUUAUGCCACAAAAAGUUUGCCUUAGAAUUUAUUUCCCAUGGUGGCUUACAGCUUCUUCUGAAAGUUCCCCGCCCAAGUAUAGCUUCAACCGGUGUUUCUAUUACUUUAUACUAUUUGGCCUAUUGUGAAGAUGCCAUGGAACGAAUUUGUACAAUGCCACAAGCUAUUAUAACUGAGUUAGUUAAAUACGCUCUUUGGCUGCUUGGUCGCUCGUAUGAUUCUGGAAAAUGUCAUGCUACAAUGUUCUUCGGUUUGAGUUUCCAAUUUAAAGUCAUAUUAGAUGAAUUUGAUGCUCAAGAUGGUCUUAGAAAACUAUAUAAUGUCAUUUCUGUUUUAAAAAUCGUUAAUCCACCUGCAAAUGACGAAGAGGAAUCAGUGUCAUCGCUUAAUGAAGACUUAGAAUGUGCGUCGCGACAAUUUGUACGCCAUGUAUUUGUUGCGCUGAAACGUUAUAUGGAAAGUCAUUUAUUUUAUAAAUAUAACCUGUUUAUGAGGCAACAGUGUCCAACAUCAACGGAAUUUUCAACUUCAGCAACUAAAGCCAAUAAAGUGACUUUAGAACAAAUUAGUGAACAAGUAAGAACGCUGCAGGAGAACACGUCCGUGCGUGGGCAUUGGGCUCCAGUUGACCAAUUGCUGAAAUUGGGUGGCAUACAGUUGAUACUGAAAGUAAUAGCAAUGUCUUACGAAUGGAAUAACGCUGGAAGAGCGGAAACUGUGCGAUCCGCCUUGGAUGUGCUCUCUAUUUGCUGUGUUGUGCCAAAAGUUUUCUUAGCAUUUUGUGAAACUCUAGAGUUGCCAGAUAACCCGUCAUCUUCAGGUAUUCAUGCUAUUUUGGGUGCUGCUGUUGGGGAGAUUACUAAUGAUUCUGAUGUACAAAAAUCUGCCCUCGCUGUUUUAUGUCACUGUGUGUGUUCACCUAUUACAAGGACUCAACCUGCUUCGUUGAUUAAAUGUUAUGUAAACCCAAAGAAAAAAAACAAUAAGAUUUCUGAAGAACUAGUUGAUAAAGUUUGGGAAUCUGUCUGUUCUAAUAAUGGUAUAAUUAUACUUCUUCAAUUAAUGCAAAUUAAAGUCCCUCUUACCGAUGCCGAUUGCAUACGUGGAAUGGCAUGUAGAGCUCUGGCUGGACUUGCCCGAUCUGAACGAGUGCGACAGAUUGUUGGUAAACUACCAUUAUUCGCUAAUGGACAGAUUCAGCACUUAAUGCGAGAUCCAAUACUGCAAGAAAAACGUACUGAGCAUGUUAUAUUCCAAAAGUACGCUUUGGAACUGCUUGAGAGGGUUUCUGGAAAAGAAAAACCUAUAAACAAUCAGCUUGAUCCUUCCUUGGCAAAUAUUCAUAAAGCGAAUGUUGUUGCACAAACUAAAAUUCAGUACAACGAACAACAAUUAUUCCAAUUGAUUUAUGAUCAUUUAGAAUCAAAAGGACUUUCUGCAUCUGCUCAAAUGUUACAAAAAGAAGCCGGCCUAAAAACACCGACAACCUUAAUGAAAAGCUUCCACCAAUCACCGUUUGAUUAUAAGGUUUUGCCAACAAAUAUAACAGCCCGUAAUCGGUUACGAAGUCGAAUGCAGGAUGUUAAUACAGCCAUGAAUGGAGUUGCUGGAGCAGAAGUGGCAAAUGAUACAAAUUUAAAUGGCAGUAUCGUAGAAUCAAAUACCCCGAUAAAAUUAGUUAAGAAAUCAAAUCAAACCGCAGUUAACACUUCAGGACCGUCUUGCAGUAAUAACGCCAGUUCAUCAUCCACAUCAGCGAGGUCGUUACAAAAACAAAUUUCAUCAGUUCCAGAGACAACAACCACCGACGAGCCAGUUGCACCUACUAUUACAAUCGCUACAAUUGUGACGGAGUAUUUGACAAAUCAGCAUGCAUUGUGUAACAACCCAAUGACUACUUGCCCACAAUUUGAUCUUUUUACUCCACACAAAUGCCCAGAUCCUCAGCCGAACAAAGCAUUUGGACCUAAUCUUAAUUUGACAUCUCGUUGGUUCAGAUCGCAAGCAGGCUUCAAUACAACUCGACUAGAUCGACGUUAUGUUCAUUCGAAUUUUAAUUCAUGGCGCACGAUAAGAGCGAAUGAUUACAAUGACAUUCAGUUUACCUGCUGCAACAUUCUUCCAACAAACAAUCUAAUAAUUGUGGGUACGCAACAAGGCGAAGCAAAGGCAUUCACGUUGAACGAAGGCACGGAAUUGUUCUCUUCUUCGUGCCACAGUUAUCUUAUUGAUAGUAUACAAUCAAAUAGAAAAGGUAAUCUUGUUUUAACAUCUUGCUCAUGGAGAUCUCAUCUAUGGAACAUAGAAAGAAAUGAUUUCGUCAGCUCACUGCAAUUUCACGAUGAAUUUUAUUGUGAAUUUAGCAAUGUUAAUCAAGAUAAAAUAUUGGGAACACAAACUUAUUCAGCGAUUGUUUAUGAUCUCACAACAGGAAAUAAAAUAUCAACUUUUACACCAACAAUAGCUAAUCAGUAUACUAAAAACCGAGCUACAUUUUGUCCAACAGAUGAGUUAAUUUUGUCAGAUGGUGUACUUUGGGACGUAAGAUCAGGCAGAGAAAUACACAAAUUUGACAAACUAAAUCAAACGCUAUCUGGAACAUUUCACCCCAAUGGUCUUGAAAUUAUUUCCAACACAGAAGUGUGGGAUUUGAGGACUUUUCAUUUAUUGCAAACUGUUCCUGUAUUAGACCAAUGCCUUAUAAAAUUUUCACCGAUGAAUGUUCUUUACGGCAUCAGUUUAGAUAUAGACAAUCGGGUCGAUUUUGACGAUACCACAAAUUAUGAUACAAGUUUUAAAGUCCUGGACAGCUAUGAUUAUUCAAGCAUCACUACAGUAGAUGUUAAAAAACAUAUAUAUGAUCUGAGCGUUAAUUGCAAUGGAAGCAUUAUUGCUUUAGUAGAGAAUCAGCCGGCUUAUGAUUCAAAACAAGAAACUUUUGUAAAAUUGUAUGCUGUUGGAAUGAAAAAAAACGAGCAGCAAGAAGAGGAAGAAGAUGAAGAACCAGAAUCGGAUGAAGGGUCAGAUAGCGAAUCAGCUCGUGUAUUUGAAAUUCCUGAUUUGAGAGGUGAUGACGGCGAUGACGAUCAGUGGAUUGAUGUUGAUUCAUCGUCUUCGGACGAUGAACAAAACAAUGGAGACAGUGAUGAUGUAGGAAAUGCAGAGAAUGGCGAUGAUAGCUCAUCCGAAUCUAGCACUGAUAUGUUUGAAGUUGAGUUAAAUUUUUAGUAGAAUCAUAUUUGGCAAAAAGAAUGGUUAACUUCGGAAUUAAUGCUAACAGGUCAAAAGUCUUGUAAAGAACUUUGUUUGGAUAUUCCAUAACUUCCUUCUUAUGACUAGAAAAUCAAGUGUCUGCAAAAUCUUGAUUUUAAGACCUAACACUAUUGAGGUGAAUAAAAAAUUUUCAGCUGUUAAAAAUUUAUUGGGCUCUGGGACCUGGUUAAAUUUGAGCUACAUUUUUUUGCAGAUGGUUUUGUUUAGUUUUUUUUUUUUUUAAGUAGUAUCAUGGCAGAAAAAAGGCAGACAAAAUUUUAAACAAUAAUCCAUACAGCUGAAAAAAAUAUAACCUAAAUUUAACCAAGUCCCAGAGCCUAUUAAAUUUCUAACAGCUGAAAAUUUUUUAUUCACCUCAAUAAUGUGAAAAAUUUUAAACGGUGUUAACUAUUUAACGCAAUUCACACACGGCCUUAUUAACAAUCCCCAUAAAAAGUACUAUUUUACCAUAUAUUUUUAUAAAUUAUGUAAGUUUUCGUAUUCAUACCAUAUUAAAUCAAUGUUCCAUCACAUACUAUAAAUAGUUUUUGGUGAUAACUUAACUGUUAUACUUAGGCCGUGUGUGAAUUGCGUUAAAUAGUUAACACCGUGUAAAAUUUUUGACACUAUUGGGCUGAAUAAAAAAAUUUCAGCUGUAUGGCUUUUUGUUUAAUAAUUUUCUCUGCCUCUUUUCUGCCAUGAUACUCCUUUUUAAUAAAAAAAAAAAAACAAAACAAAACCAUCCGCAAAAAAAUAGUGACACCUCAAUAGUGUCAAAAACUUUAGACGGUGUUAACUACUUAACGCAAUUCACACACGGCCUUAUAACAUAUUAGACAAAACGCUAAUGUUAAAAAUAUGCCAAACUUAUUUUUUCCGUUCAUUUUUUAUUAUAACCUUGCACCACCAGUUGGAUCUUAUGCGAGCAACUAUGUGAUCACUUGAUUUUCUAGAUUUUCUUUUGAGCUAAGUUAUAGAAUAUGCAAACAAAGUAAGUUUUUUUCCUAGGUUUAAUCCUUAUUUACUUGGAUUAUAUAUAUACAUAAAACAAUAUUGUAAAUAAAGUAUGUACAACUCUUUGUUUCAUAAACGAUUCAAUUA